AUGCGUUCGCCUUUAAAGACGAAUACCAACAAGAAUAAAAAGUUUCUCGCAAAGUCACCACCAUUACCACCACCAGGUGUGCGUCACGACGACGACAAAAGUAGUAUCAAUAAACAACCUCUCUCCUCGGUCGAAUUGAGGUACUUAGACUACUUGAAACGCGAGCUACGCGUCGAUUUGCGCGGGUGUACGAUUGGAUACUUUCGAAACAGAAACGGAGGAACCGUUUUCGGCGGCGGCAAUGAAAGCACCACGAGUCAGUCUUCGAGAUACUACCGAGGGUGCGUGGCGACGGAGGAUAUUAAAGAGGGCGCAGUUAUUGUGUCCGUACCGGACGAUUCGGUUUUAUUGGCGGAAAGUUUGUCCGCGUGCGCGUCGGCGGUCGUGGAGUUGAAUUUAAGGGACUGUCAGAAGGUUGUUAAGGAAACGGAGGCGGUCGGGCGGCAUCGCGGAAUGGUGGAGGAAGGGGAAGAAGAAGAAGAAGAAGAAGAAGAAGAAGAAGAGAGAGCGGAUAAUGGCGAACCGAGGUUACAGCGAGAAGCUUUAGUGGUCGCGGUAACGUGUGAAUUAGCGUUAGGUAAAGAGUCUAAAUACUACCGGUACUUGGCGACGAUGCCGAGAGUCGAAAAAUUUUCCGAUUGUUUGCUCUCGUGGACGGAAGCCCAGAAGGAACGUCUCAGAGGGACGGAUUGCUGGACGAGGUUUAAAUCGUACGCAGACGAGGAGAGCAAAGAGGUGCCGUCUCUGACCCAGUUACACUUUGAGGAGGUCGCGAGACCGUUUUUUGAGGCCAUCGCGAACGGCAAAGGGAAGGUUCCGAAGACGUUGAGAGAGGCGAUUGGGCAAUUAUUGAAGAACGAGAAGAGGAAUAAAGAGAGAGAGGUGAACGUGGAGAUGAUGAUGUCGAGUGAAGACGACGACGAUGAUCGCGGGAACGUGAAUAAUAAUAAUAAUAAUAACACUAGCAAGAAACGAAAAAUGAUGAAGAACAAUAACAUGAAUAAGAAUAGCGAGGAUGAUAGCGAAGACGAAGAAGACAUCUCGUCUUCGAAACCGGCAUCGAACGCGUCGGAGGCGUCCCAUAGUCAUUCGCUCGCGCGUUUGUAUCGAGAUGCGGUAAACAUAGUCGCCUCGUAUUCAUUUACUCUCGGUGAAGAUGAAACGGAAACACAAGCGUUAGUGCCAUUUUGGGACAUGCUAAACCAUGCGCAUCCGGCUUUAGCCUCGGUAAAGCUCUCCCACGACGCUUCUACCAAUCGCUUGAACAUGAUUGCAGUUCGCGACAUUCGCAAAGGUGACGAAAUCUUUAAUACUUACGGCGAAUUAUCCGAUGGUGAAUUGUUGCGUCGGUACGGGUUCCUACCCACCUCCAGCCGUAACCCGCACAAUUCGGUUACGAUAUCUUUCAAAGAGCUCUUCGCGGCGUGCGAUAAAGUCUACGGAUUUGAGAAUCCACGAUUUGUGAGAAAGAAAGUCUUCGAGCUAACUAACGAAGGUACAACGAGUCGAUUUAAGGUGCACCCGAACGGUCGGCCGUCGCGAAAGCUGAUUGCAAUCGCUGACGCCAUAUUCUCGGUCGAAGAAGACGAUACCGACGACGAAGAAGAAGAAGAAGAAGCGUUCGAACUCGAAAAGAAAGACACCCGCGCCAACGAGAUCACCGAAGCGUUAAACCUCGUCGCCAUCCGCGCACUCACUCCAGGCAAACGCUACCCGACCGCUCGACGCGAAGCGUUCAAAUCCAUCCAAACGUUACUCGACCACGAGUCGAGAGCGAAACCGAGCCAAGUCAACUUUCGGGAAAACCGCGUCGAUCGAAGACGCGUGACGAUGGCUUUACGCGUCCGUCUGAGCGAACUUAAAACGUUCUCCAUGCUCAGGAAAUGGUUGAGAAUGGGUAGAAUGAAGAAAUGGUUGUUGUAA